UUUCAAUUUGAAUUCCCUAUUGCCUGGUGUAAAGAUCGUUUUCUAACCGUUAAACUGAAUUGUAGUUUCGAUUUGUGAUUGUUAUAAGUGUUUAAUUAUUCUAAUGUUAAAAAUUAUACAUUAUUAAUAUUGUAAAUCGUAUUAUUAACAAUGAAGGUAAAGAUUUUAUCAAGAAAUCCGGAUGAAUAUUUACGAGAAACCAAACGCGAUAUUCACAAACUUCCUAGGAAUUAUGAUCCAUCGUUACAUCCUUUCGAAGUACCAAGAGAAUAUACUAGAGCUUUAAAUGCCGUUAAAUUGGAUAGAGUUUUUGCAAAACCUUUCAUAGGUUGCUUAGACGGCCAUAAGGAUGGUGUAGCAGCUGUUUGCAAACAUCCUUCGCGUUUAUCGGUUCUUCUUAGUGGUGCCUAUGAUGGAGAAUUGAAAGUAUGGAAUUUAGCUACUAGAACAGCGGAACGAUCUUUCAAAGCUCACGAUGGCAUACUUCGUGGUAUUACAUUUACUCCGAAUGGAUCACACUUCAUGACGAUAGGUGACGAUAAAACUAUAAAGACAUGGAAAGUUGAGAAUCCAUUGUUCGGUGAAGAAGAAGAACCUGUUAAUACCAUUAUUAGUAAAUCCCAGUUGACUGGUAUAUCACAUCAUCGAAAAGAUCCAAUUUUUGCUACUUGUGGAGAUACGUGCCAACUUUGGGAAGAGACAAGGAAUGAACCGAUACGUACUUUCAAAUGGGGUGUUGACAGUUUACACGAUGUCAAGUAUAAUCCAGUAGAAAAAAAUUUGUUAGCUGCUUGUUCUAGUGAUCGUAGUAUUAUUUUAUAUGAUGCUAGGGAAACCGGUCCAUUACGAAAAAUUGUCAUGAGAUUACAAACAAACAAACUUUCUUGGAAUCCUAUGGAAGCCAUUACCUUCACAUGUGCUAAUGAAGAUUAUAACUUAUAUACUUACGAUAUUCGUUCAUUAAAAAGUCCAGUUAAUGUACAUAUGGAUCACGUAGCUGCAGUAAUAGACGUAGAUUACGCUCCUACUGGUAAAGAAUUUGUUUCUGGUAGUUACGACAAAUCAAUUCGUAUUUUCGAAGUUAAUAAAGGACAUUCGCGAGAAGUUUAUCACUCGAAACGAAUGCAAAGGCUCACGAACGUGGCUUGGUCUUUCGAUAAUAAAUAUAUAAUUAGUGCUAGCGAUGAAAUGAAUCUUCGAGUAUGGAAAGCUAGGGCGUCAGAAAAAUUGGGCGUGCUCAAACCCAGGGAAAAAGCGUCAUUGAAUUAUUCCAAUGCGUUAAAAGAGAAAUUUGCGGCUCAUCCACAAGUGCGUCGUAUUGCUAGGCAUAGACAAGUACCGAAACAUAUUUAUAACGCUCAAGCUGAGAUACGAACGCUUCGUGAAAAGAGUAAACGAAAGGAAGCUAAUAGACGUGCUCAUUCAAAGAAAGGAGCAGUACCAUUUGUGCCGGAAAGACAAAAGCAUAUUGUACGACAGGAUGAAUAAGACGUUCAGAUCGGCCAUCAUUUUGCGAAAAUCCGCGAGCGUGUUGUAAUCCGGAUCCGAGUCGAUGUCCGCGAAAUCCUUGUUCGAGUCGCUCUUCACGAAGCUGGGAUUGUAUCGGCUUAACGACAGUGGACACGGCAACAACUCUGGCAUUACGGAAUGGUGGGUUAUCAGGGCUGUCAGCGUCGUGAAUUCUUUCGUAAAGCCCUGCAACAGACACGAAACGAUGCUUUGUCUUUUACUCUUUAAUACAUUCAUGGUACAUUGUUGCACUCGUAUGGAAGCCGAGUGAUAAGGCUAUUUUCGUGUACAUACAUAAAUACACAUAUAUACAUGCAUAUGUAUAAAUAUGCACGAUGUUUUACAUUGUUGUAAUACUACACGUACCAGUUGAUGAAAAUAAACUGUUUUGUCAUAUUAA